CUUUAUGCAUACGUCGUGCGGGUUCAAUACAGAUGAGGUACAAGUACAAGCCCAUCAAAUCAUAUCACAAAGGUCGAAUGCCCUCUCCCCACGACAAACAUGCCUACACCGUCCCACCAACUUACCACCUUAACACCCUACUAUCACGCUGUCUCUCUGCUCUCUCUCAAGUCCCCCCAUCUCCUACAACCCUACUGUCCACCGUUCACCUCGUGUUUCCUCCUUCCGACCCUACCUGAAUCCUAUCACCUCCGCCUUAGCAUCUAUCAAUCUGACCAAUACUACCUAAUCUUCCCAGCCGCAACCGCAACAGCAUUCCCAACAACAACAACCACCACCACCCGUCUCGGCACCCAAUCCCUCGCCACCUCCAGUUCAGCCCCACCCAUACCCAUAGCACUCAUCCUUUACCCCGCCCGCCGACCCUUCGUUCUCGAGCCGCCACCGCUGUCGAACAGACUACCCCGCACAGCCUUUCUCCUCCGCCAACUCCGCGUCCGCUCGAGCCCGCCACGUGCAACGACAACGCGGGAAGGGUUUGGCCUAUGUGGGACAUGUGCACAUCCUGGAGGCGGGAAAGAGGGAAGCUAGGGCUUGCA